CUUUAUUAGCAAACAGCAAACCCAUGCAGCGAACACGCCUCCUGUGUCUGUCUCUGUCAUGCCGCUGUACUCACAGUUACACAUGAACAAAAACCGUUGUUUUCGGACGCGUUGAAUCAUUCGACUCCUGUUGAAUCGCUUAUUUUCUUCAUUUACCGGUACACUGUUGGCUGUUUCCUGUGUUGAAGCUGUCAAUGCUAAGAUGCUCCUCCGGAAGUUGUGGUCCAGACUGGGAGCCCAGCUGCCAGCAGAGUGGAGACCAGUCUGCGUCUGUACCUCGGCCUGUCUCUCCCAGUCCGUCCAACCACACAAGUAUGAAUCCACACCCAGGACUCACUCAAACUGGUCUGCUCCAAGGAUCUUUUCAAGACCCUUUCAUUUAAACACUCUUCACCAACAGCUGGAGCGUACCAGACGUGUUCCGCCGGCGUUAGUUGGGUUUAACAGUAACAGCAGCACUUUGAUAACUGACCCUGAGAUGCUGACGAAAUGUGGAAUUGGACAGAAGCAUUUUUAUUCACCCGACCUUGUGAAGUCGGUGUUAAAACCGAGUUUAAAACCGAGUUUAAAACCAGCAGCGGUGCCGGUGAAAAGGGUUCCCAAAGGACCAAGAACGAAACAACCUUCCAGAGCCAAUCAGCCCUCCCUGAACGUGGACAUGGAUAUGAUGCAAUGUAUUGCCUUUGCAACAGCAGAUCAGUAUCAUUUGCCAACACUUUGCCACGACUUGAUCAGCCACGGCUUCCAUGAGCUAGAUUUACCAAGAGAUGCCUCAAAUGUGCUGGUGAUAAGCACAGAGAUGGCUGCAAAACCAGAUGACGACGCUCUAAUGUUCUUCUUCAGGGAAGGCUCAGUCGUUUUCUGGAAUGUUGAGGAAAAAAUGUUGAAAAAGGUGUUGAGAAUAUUGGAACGUCAUGAGAUCCAGCCCUAUGAAGUAGCAUUAGUCCACUGGGAAAAUGAGGAGAUUAACUACACUGUUGGAGAGGGAAACACGAAGCUUGAGCGCGGCAACUUUAUCCUGAGUGACAAGAUGGAACAACAUGAAGCGGUUCUGGAGAAAUUUGCAUUUUCAAAUGCGCUAUGUUUGUCUGUGAAGCUGGCGAUAUGGGAGGUGUUCUUAGACAGCUUUGUGGAGUCAAUUCAAUCAAUUCCAGAGACGCUGAAGUCUGGCAAAAGAGUUAAAUUGUCCUCUGCAGAGGUUAUGAAGAAGAUAGGUGAACUUUUCAGCUUACGACACUGUAUAAACCUGAGGUCGGACCUGCUCAUCACACCUGAUUUCUACUGGGACCGAGAAAACCUGGAAAAACUCUACGACAAGACGUGCCAGUUCCUCAGCAUCAACCGCAGAGUCAAUGUCGUGAAUGAGAAGCUGGAACAUUGUUCACAGCUAACGGAUUUGAUGAGGAGCCACCUGAGUGAGAAGCACAGCUUGAGGUUGGAGUGGAUGAUAAUCAUCCUCAUUGCUAUUGAGGUUAUGUUUGAACUUGCAAAAAUGAUCUUCUAAGCGGCUCCUCCAACAAUACACAAAUCUAUAAAGGACACUGUGGAGAAUGCUGCACUGUACACAUGUACUAUGUGUGACAAUGUUUUCUGGAAGAAACUGCAAUUUAAUGUCUUACUUUUCCUGUUACACAGUACAUUCAUUUCAGCAACACACAAUCACGUUUUCUUUGAAAAAAUGAGAUGCGCUAAUUUUUUUUAAAUUUAUGAAGUUCAGGAACUCCAACUGUGAGUGCUGUAUUAUAAAAGAUGCAAUAAAGUGUUUUAAAUGUUAUGUUGAAUGUUUGACAGCUGUGUUUCAGUGUUUGCAUGUACAGUAUCAACUUAUUGAGAACAUUAUUAGUCGAGUAGAAUGUCUAAAGCUAACUUAUGAUCACUAGAGGUUUCAAUAUACAAGAAUAAUUUGUAAUAAAAGACGUACUUGAAAUAACCAGGUAUGAAUUUAUUCCAAUAAAAUAGUUUAUACAUAUAUGUAAAUAUAUAAACACACAACUCGGGUUUAUGUUUUGCAUUUUGUAAUUAUUUAACAUCAAAGAUCAGCAAGAAUUUUCCAUUAACGUCCGUAUAUGUGGAAAUAAAUCGUCUCCUUAAGGUGUUUGAGGUUUACACACAAACCACUGGGAGAUAGAACGGGAUGAGUAAAGCUGCCAUCAUUGUUUAAGGCUUUGCUGAUUACAAUUGAAUUAAUGAUAAAUACAUAUGUGAAGAUUCAUUUAACUUCAAACAAAAAUAAUCUUAACUUGCCACAGUAAAAAUUCUGGUAGAUUAAAAAUGAGCACAUGAGUGUAUAAGCAUUAAUCAUUAUGUACAAGAUAGUUUACAGUAAUAGUAUGUUCAGCUCUGCCUAUAGUCUUUACCUGCAUUGACCUGUUUAAGUGAUGAAGCAAAACAGUUUAUGAGCACAGAUGAUACAGUGAAAUAUAUACAUAUACUAUUUAGGUCAAAAUAAAUGAACAAUUGUCCAGUGCCUGGUUUAUGUACAUUAUGAAUUAAUGUUUUUUAAUACUUACACAAAUCUAUUUGAAGCACAAAACUGCUAACAAGAAUGCUGUCUUAUACUCUUAGACAUUCAUCUAAAAAAAGAUCUAAAUAGAUCUUUGCAAAAACAUGAUUUAUAAUUGAAAAGAUUUGACAUGAUUGGAAAAUUGCACUAUAAAGAAACAGCUCAUGAGAAUGCUUGAACAAAGCUAUUGGAUAAUGGAUGUAGUUCACUGUCAAACCUCUAGAAUCACACUGCAUGCACCCUGAGCCAAGCGUAGCAGUUCUCCAGUUGAUGUUGCUCGUACUAGAUCUCUCUCAUUAAUCGCACACAUUAUGAUAAUAAUAAGUUGAACAAAAUGUCAAAUAAAAGCAGCAGAAUGCUGUUUCCUGUAAAGUUCUUCUACCACUGUCAGCGCUACUCUUUAGUGGCUUUUUGAAAAUUUCUUACAAACUUGAGUGACUUCCUUUUUGAUUGUCCAACCUUGAAAAAAAAAAAAGUAAGAUAUUAAUUCAUUUGGAAAUUCCAUUAAAUGUGAUUCAUGAUUUAAUAAGUGUACUGGAAUAAAGAGUUGAAUAAUGGGACAAAUCUUGCAAAAAUUACACUAAAACAAGAGUAAAGUGAUCGGCUUACCGGUUAGUGACACUGAAGUCGAGCAGAAUUAAUUUCACUCCAUUGUUGUGACACUCACAGUUUCAGUUUCAGGAUGCUCGGGUGCAACAGCAAAAUCUUCACCUUCGCUAUCAGUUUCACAUCUUUCUACUGUUUUGUGCAUUUUCUGUUGACUUUCCUCUUCCUCAGUCUUGGAUUUAGAAGCCAUUUCAACCUCAUGUUCAAGUCCUGCCUUUGCCUCUUGCUCGCUUUCUGUCUGAGGUCCAACAGAUUCCUCCACCUCAAGAAGGCACGCCUCUGUUUUCUCUUGAGUGUAGAUGUCUUCCUCAGCAUCCAUCCACACAUCCUGGUCCAACUCUUUCUGUUUAGCAGGCUCUUUUGUUUCUUGCUCACACGCUUCAGAGAGUACUGGCUGACUCAGGGACUCUUCUGUUUUCUCUGUUUGCCUCACUGGUUCUUUUGUUUCUGUUGCCUGGACACUGGAGUUUACUGUCUCUGUUGAUUUGAUUUGUUCGUCUGGUUCCAUCGCUUGGAUGCUGAUAUCCAGCACUACAGGUUGAGUCGUAACCACGGCUCUUUCCUUUGAAUCUAAGUUUGCCGCUAGUUCUGUGGUUCCUGUAGCCUGAACAGCGACCUCCAUUAACUCUAUUUGUUUGGCUGUCCUUACGGGUUCUACUACCACUACUGCCUGAACUCCGAACUCAGACACGUCUGUCUUUUUCACAGGUUCAGAUCUCUCUGUUGUAGGUGGGGAAGCUGGUUCAUUUGCUUGCCCAAACUGUAUGUUGAGUUUGAAUUCAAUUGAAAGACUUGAAGGGGACUCCACGUUACCUAUCGACGAGAUGACUCCAGUGUAUUCGGGUGCUACUAAUCCAGUGUUAUUAGGUGUUACAAUCGGAGCUUGGGUAAUUUGUGUUUCUUUGUGAAUCACUUGAAUUGAUUUUACCUCUUCUACUACGACACCUGCUUCUGAUUUUUCCUCCAAAUGGUCUUUUUGAUCAUGGAUAGAAACAUCUAAACAUGGUGUAACGUCAGGUGUGUGCAGAUCCUCAGUCACUUGCUGUCCAGUUGCAGCGACGGCACUGAUUUCCGUAGACGUUUCAUCUUGUCUUUCAUGGAAAGAUGCAUUACUAUCAGCCAUCUCUUUUUGAUCCUCAACUUCAUUUGAUUCACUUUUAACCAUCUCACUCACUUCGGUCACAGCAUCUGGCUGUUCAAUACCAUCUUGUCCCAAGUUGACAACCAGUGAUUCAGGUGCUGUCUCUGGUAAGUUUUCCUUUACAUGUUGAAUGACUUCUUGAAUGGUCACCUUGUUUUGCUCAUUAAUUAAUUCCUCUACAAUCUCUGGAGUUGCGGAGAGACUGUCUACCUUUUUAACAUUUUCAUGACAAACAUCUAUGACUUCUGUUUCCCCUACCUCUACCACUGUGUCCACAAUUGUUUCAGCUGAUUUGAUAUCAUCAUUGACCACCUGUACUUGAGUUAUGUUAUUAUCCUCAAACUCUACUGAUGGCACGUGCAUCAUCACAACCACACUGCCUUCCUCAGCUGUCUCAGCCUUAUCGUCUUUCACUAAUGCUGUGGCAGUCUCGACUUCCUCCUCAAACAGUAGCUCACUUGUGACUCUUUCUAUCGAGAAUUCAGUAAUGGGUGAUGUUUUCUCUAUCAAAACAUCAGGUAUUGCAGUUGAGACAUUUUUUAUAUUACAUAUGACUACAUGCGCCACUAGGGCAUGCUCAACUGCAGAAGUCAGUUGAGCAGUGCCUGAAAACGUACUUUCUGUUUCUCCCUCAACGUCGACUUGCCCUGCACUGAGAUGCACUUCAUGUUUGGGUUCAUUUGUAACUGCAGCGUUGUCUACACAUGGUGCUGGACUUUCUUCGGUUAAUACAGUCUUUUCUAGUACCUGGACAUUACUUUCUUCCUCAUUCACAGAGGAUACACAAACUGCUGUUAAUGUUAAUAACUCGUCUACACCUUCAGGUAUGCAAUCUUCCUGCUCAACCCCAACAUCUUGUGUAAUACUCUCAGUUUCCUGAUCCUUUGCUCUCUCCAAAGAGGAACCCAGUUGUGCCACACCUUCACCCUUAAGUCCAUCUGUAACUGAAGCAAUGACACUGUCAAUGUUUGGUUUAUGAACGUCAUCUAACAAUAUUUGCUUCUCAAAUUCCUGAGCACUACCUCCCUCAAUACUUUCUAUGACUGCAUGCAUACACAUCGAUGUCCCUUCAUCAGGGUUUGUUUCAGUUACAUGAUCUUUGACAUCCGAUGGUAAUACUUCUGGUUCUUGGGCAUGUUCUGUUUUGGCAGCUUCUACUGGUAGUUUUUCUUCUGUCUCAACUUCAUUUUCCUGUCUGGGUUCAUCUGUAACUGUUUCCACUACUGGAAUAUCCCCUGAUGUUACUUCCUUUUCAAGUGAAAAAAGGAUUCCCACCUUUGAAUCUAAUGUGGCUGCUUGCUCAGCUUGUAGUACUUCUGGUUCUUGAACAUGUCCAGUUGUGGAAGAAUCCACUGGCUCAAGGCUGGCUUCAGUGGGAGGUAUUCUUUCCUCUUUGGGUUCAUCAGUAACUGUUUCUCCUUCUGGAACAUCCUCUGGUAUAAGCUCUUUUACAAGUGAUUGAACACUGCCCUCCUCUGAAUAUAAUGUUGGUGCUUGAACAGCCUCUAAUACAUCUGGUGCUUGAACAAUUUUCAAAACAUUUGCUGGUAGUUCUUUGUUUUCUGGCUCAAUACUGACUUCAGUGAGACCCUCUGCCAUCUGUUUGGGU